UGGCAGCAGUAGCAAGAAUUGUUUAUGGAUGUGUGUGUGCUCGUACGAUAAUGCAUUAGAUUAGAUGCAUACAAAAAGUGCAUACCUAUAUCUGGAAAUGUAGCGACGACUUGUUAUUGCAUUGUGACAGAUUCAUAUCGUAUUGAAAUUAAGAAAAAUUAAUUGAAAAAUGCCGGCGGUAAUUGUUGGCCCUCCUCAACGUAGCGAGCAGAUGUGGCAGGCGUUAAAAGCUCAUAUCACUAGAGAAAGGCAACGAAAGAAACAAGAGCAAGAAGCAGACGCGGAAGAGGAACGCUUGAGGAAGGAAAGGGAACGUCAGCAGAAACAAGAUGUAAUGACUUUAGGUGAGACUAGGGAGCAAAUAUCGAAUCUUGAGAACGAACUCUCACAAUUGAAAGAUGAGAAGCAUCAGUUGUUCUUACAAUUAAAGAAGGUUUUGAAUGAAGAUGAUAAUAGAAGAAGACAAUUAAUCAAAGAAACAAAUGUUUGUUCGGAAGUACUUACAGCAGUAGGAGGAUAUCCUGGAACAGGUCCUAGAGUGGUUCAUCCACAAAUAUUCCUCCCAUUACCACAAAGCAGUAGUCCUCUUUAUAAAGUUGCUGUUGGCACACCAACACAUACUUUGCUACCGAGUGGACCAUUAAAGAGAACUCAUAGUCCAUCACCACCACCACAAGCCUCUCCAUAUCAUACUGGUUAUGGAUAUAAACCACCACCUUCGAUUCCAAGUUACAAUCCCCCACCAUCCAAAUCUGAGGAAGCAGCUAGGAGAUCUGGCGAUUCCCGAGCUGUUCUCUGGAACAAAAACAAUCAAUACUCUGCCUCCAGUUUCUAUUCAGCUCCUACUGGUCAAAGCGUGUACAGUUAUUCGGCGGCUACCACGCAACCAUCUCGGGAACCUGAGCCAGCAAAGUCCGUGUACCUUUCAGGAAACAGAGGGACAUUGUCGACACAUCAAACGGCCUAUGUAACCGGCUUACAUUCGCUGGAUCAUAAAGGUGCAUACGCAGAAGAUAAAUUUUAUUUGAGACCGAGUAGCCAUGUUACCGUUCACGGUGGUGCUAUUCCCAUUCAACAACCACCGCAGGGUGCGAAAACUGGAGGUAUUACAUCAGGAUAUCCGGUCAGAGCACCACAACCACCACCUGCUCCGUACCCACCACCACCACCUGGAACUUACGUUAGUGCUUCUGGUGCUAACGUUCCUGGACGGUUGUUGUACACUCAACCUGGUGCAAGGUAUCUCCAGAGAGAAGUUUAGGACACUGAUUAUCACUUUCUUAACUUGAGGUAUCUCAAAAUAUUAUUUGGACAUUUAACGAUACCACAUAAAAAUUGUUUAUAUGUCGUUAACUGAUCGCAGUAUGCAAACAUUGUACAAAUACAAAAUCGAUAGAUGCGUAACUCUGAUAAGAGGUA